AUGGAGCCAAAACGUGUACUCAGAAGCACCUCGGAGUUCAUCUCUUCCCACAGGCCCUGCAGGAUUAUGGCUGAUAAGACCCAGGAGGCUGGUGGCGUCCACUUCCCGUUUCCCUUCACACCAUAUGCCAUCCAGAAAGACUUCAUGGCAGCGCUGUACCAGGUGCUGGAGGCUGGCAAGAUUGGGAUAUUUGAGAGUCCAACCGGCACCGGAAAAUCCCUAAGUCUCAUCUGCGGGGCCCUCUCCUGGCUCCGCGACUUUGAACAGAAGAAACGCCAAGAGGAGGAGCGUCUGCUGGGGGCUGGAGCCCCCGCCUCGAACGAGGGGCUGGCCCCAGCCCUGCGUCUCCCACCCUCCUGCCAGGGGAGCCCAGGCACCCCAGAGGCCACUGGAGAGCCCGACUGGAUCACUCAGUUUGUGCAGAAGAAGGAAGAAAGGGACUUGGUGAACCGAUUGAAGGAGGAGCAGGUCCGGAGGAAGAAGCGAGAAGAGCGCCUGCAGCAGAUCCGUCACAACACAAAGCUCCGGUUCGUGGCCAAGCGCAUGAGACAGGAAGAUGAGGAAACAGAGCGUCUGCUCCGGCUCAGCAGUGAGAUGCUGGCCACAGGCACAGAGCCCGAGCAGGUGGCCUCUGGGGAGGAGGAGCUGGUCCUCGCGGAGUAUGAGAGUGACGAGGAGAAAGGAGUGCCCAGUGGAGUGGACGUGGAUGAGGAUGACCUGGAUGAAGAACACGUAACGAAGAUUUACUACUGCAGCCGGACGCACUCCCAGCUGGCCCAGUUCGUUCACGAGGUGCAGAAGAGCCCCUUCGGCCAGGACACCCGGCUGGUCUCCCUGGGCUCUCGGCAGAACCUGUGUGUCAAUGGGGACGUGAGGAAGCUGGGUUCGGUGCAGCUGAUCAAUGACCGCUGUGUGGAGAUGCAGAGAAGCAAGCAUGAGAAGAAGAGCAUCACCGAGGACGAGGAGCCCAGGAAGAGGAGGCGGAGGCAGGAGCCGAGGGCCACCUGCCCCUUCUACAGCCACGAGCGGCUGCAGCUCCUCCGGGACGAGGUCCUGGCGGGGGUGAAGGACGUCGAGCAGUUAGUGGCCCUGGGCGAGGAGGCUCAGGCCUGUCCCUACUACGGGGGCCGGUUCGCCAUUCCCGCAGCCCAGCUGGUGGUGCUCCCCUAUCAGAUGCUGCUGCACGCGCCCACCCGCCAGGCGGCGGGGAUCCGGCUGCAGGGCCAGGUGGUGGUCAUCGACGAGGCCCACAACCUCAUCGACACCAUCACCAGCAUCCACAGCGUGGAGGUCAGAGGUUCCCAGCUCUGCCAGGCCCACAACCAGCUGCUCCAGUACACGGAACGAUACAGGAAGCGCCUGAAGGCCAAGAACCUGAUGUACAUCAAGCAGCUCCUGUACCUGCUGGAGAAGUUCGUGGCUGUGCUGGGCGGGAACAUUAAGCAAAAUCCCAACAUGCAGAGCCUCUCGCAGGCAGGGACAGAGCUGAAGACCAUCAACGACUUCCUCUUCCAGAGCGAGAUCGACAACAUCAACCUGUUCAAGGUGCGGCGCUACUGUGAGAAGAGCAAGAUCAGCAGAAAGCUCCUUGGCUUCACAGAGAGGUACGGGGCAGUCCUGUUGCCCUCUGUGGAGCAGCCCAAACUGUCCGGCUUCCAGGACUUCCUGCAGAGCCUGCAGCCCGGGGCGUCAGCCGCCCCUGCCGCCCCUGCGGAGGCCGGGGAGGACCGGUCACCGCGGCCUACUUCCCCGCUGAUGCACGUCGAAGGCUUCCUCGAGGCUCUCACCACCGCCAACCAGGACGGCCGGGUCAUCCUGAGCCGCCAAGGUAGCCUCAGCCAGAGCAGCCUCAAAUUCCUGCUCCUGAACCCAGCUGUGCACUUCGCCCAGGUGGUGAAGGAAUGCCGAGCGGUGGUCAUUGCCGGGGGCACCAUGCAGCCGGUGUCCGACUUCCGGGAGCAGCUGCUGGCUGGUGCCGGGGUGGAAGCGGAGCGCGUGGUGGAGUUCUCCUGUGGUCAUGUGAUCCCUCCAGAUCACAUCCUGCCCCUCAUCAUCUGCAGCGGGCCUUCCAACCAGACGCUGGACUUCACGUAUCAGAAGAGGGGGCUGCCUCAGAUGAUGGACGAGACGGGCCGCAUUCUCUGUAACCUGUGCAACGUGGUGCCGGGAGGGGUGGUCUGCUUCUUCCCCUCCUACGAGUACCAACACCAGGUCUGCGCCCACUGGGAGAAGAGUGGCCUGCUGGCCCGCCUGACCAUCAGGAAAAAGAUAUUUCAGGAGCCCAAGAGAGCAAAUAAGGUGGAGCAGGUGCUGCUGGAGUAUUCCAGGUGCAUCAAGCACUGCGGCCAGGGCCAGGCCCGGGGCACGGAGACGGGCGCCCUGCUGCUCUCCGUGGUCGGGGGAAAGAUGAGUGAAGGCAUCAAUUUCUCUGACGACCUUGGGCGAUGUGUGGUCAUGGUGGGCAUGCCUUACCCCAACAUCAUGUCUCCAGAGCUGCAGGAGAAGAUGGCUUACCUGGACCAGACGCUUCCCAGAGCCCCAGGCCAGGCCCGCCCCGGGAAGGUGCUGGUGGAGAACCUGUGCAUGAAGGCUGUCAACCAGUCCAUAGGCAGGGCCAUCAGGCACCAGAAGGACUUUGCCAGCAUAGUGCUCCUGGACCAACGGUACGCCUCCCCGGCCAUCCAGGCCAAGCUGCCGGCCUGGAUCCGGGACCGCGUGGAGGUCAAAGCCACCUUUGGCCCUGCCUUUGCUGCUCUGCGGAAGUUCCAUCGAGAGAAAGCUGGCCUUUCCUGA